CCCUAGCAACAAACAAACGCUUCUUGGCAACCGGGUCGUUUAGGCAGGUCCUCAAAAGAAAGCUAAAGAACUCCAAAUUUCUUCCUCCCCCUGGUGAUGGAUGAGACGAUAAAACCAUUGAGGAUUCCUCCUCAGAUGUCCGUCUAUGCCGACAAACACAAGGUCUUCCACCUGCUGCAGAGCAUGUUGUCCAGUCUGGUGAUUGAUCAGCCUAAAGAUCCAAUCAGUUACCUGAUCAAUCUGCUGCAAAGGAGCAGCACGGACAUUCCCAGAAUCAUAGUGCUUGGUCCUCCGGCUGUUGGGAAGCAUACAGUGGCCAAAAAUUUGAGUGCUGAGCUGAGAGCUGUUCGUGUUACCAUAGAAAGUUUACUGCAGGACCCGUCAGAGCUGAGUGCACAGGCCCGCAGAUACACACUCAGAGAGCAGGAGCUUCCUUGCGAGUUAGUAGUCCGAAUGAUUCAACAGAGACUGGAUAAUGUGGACUGCUUCAAAAGGGGCUGGGUGCUGGAGGGAAUCCCUCAGACUCGACUGCAGGCUCUGAGUCUUCAGCAGGUCGGAAUUAUCCCUGAGCAUGUUGUGAUGUUGGAGGCUCCUGAUGAUGUGUUGGUGGAGAGGCGCCAGGGGAAACUGGUGGAUCCAAUAACAGGAGAUGUUUACCAUAAGACUUUCAUAUGGCCAGUUGAAGACACUGUUGCUAAGCGCCUGGAGGAAGGUCAGAGUCGGUCAGAAAGGCAACGAUUGGCUGAGUUGCAGCGCUACCGCUGUGAGGUUACAGGUUUGACCUCAGCCUAUCAGCAUGUGCUGAAGAUCAUCAACAGUGAUCAACCUCAUACUGAUGUCUAUCAACAAGUGUUGGCUUUUGUCCGGACACGUCGUUGCCCCAGAACUCCCAGAAUCCUUCUGUUGGGUCCGCCAGGGUCAGGGAAGAAACAUCAGGCCAGGCUGCUGUCAGAGAAAUACAGGAUGGUGGAUGUGUGUUGUGGUCAGCUGUUGAGGUCUGUAACAACUGAUGGUUCAACUCUGGGUAAAAACAUUAAACCUUACCUGGAUCAUGGGAGGCCAGUUCCAGACUCCCUGGUUCUGCACGUUCUGGAGGAACGUCUGGGCCGAGUGGACUGCAGCUGCAGAGGCUGGAUCCUUCAUGGCUUCCCUAGUGACCUGCAACAGGCAAAGAGUCUGCAAGAGUCCCAGCACCACCCCAACAGAGUUUUCCUCCUGGAUUUGACAGAUGAUGUUUGUCUGGAGAGAAUCACUCUCAGAGCCACAGAUCCAGUCAGUGGAGAGACGUUUCACUCUCUAGUUCGACCAGCUCCGAGCUCUGAGGUCCAGGACAGACUGAAGACCAGACCUGAGGACAGCACAAAUACUGCAACACACACACUGAGACAGUACAGGAUGAACAUUGCUGCAAUACAGACUUUGUUUCCAGAUGUAGUUUAUAUUGAUGCUGAUCAGGAUCCUCACUCUGUGUUUGGUGCUCUGGAGAGCAGGCUGACAACUGACUGACACCUCGAGACACCCAGCCUCAAGACCAGAAGAAUGAUAACUGCUCUACUUCUUCUCUUAACUUUCCUUCAUCAUUCUUUUUCAAAUAUGUUUUCUUAGAAAAGUAUAAU